GGAAGUACCCUCUGAGGUCACUUCCGCCGUCAUCAAGCAGAGGAAUCUCGUGUCUCAAAUCUCGUGGUACUAACUAAAAACAGGAUUAAAGAUUUUUAGCAGACGGACCACUACUCUAAUUAUGCAGUUGAAUUGGACUCAAAUAACCACUUUCUUGGUGCUUGUCUGUGCUGUUGUACAUGGAGAAGAAAAGAAGCCAGUCAAGAAGCUACAAAUUGGAGUAAAGAAACGUGUGGAAAAUUGUGAGAUUAAGUCACGGAAGGGAGACGUCCUGUCCAUGCACUACACUGGAAAGCUAGAGGAUGGCACCGAGUUUGAUAGUAGCAUUCCUAGAGGAGAACCAUUUGUGUUCACACUAGGAGCAGGACAAGUCAUAAAAGGGUGGGACCAAGGACUCAAACGUAUGUGUGUUGGAGAGAAGAGGAAGCUUGUGAUACCAUCAGAUCUUGGCUACGGCUCACGUGGUGCUCCUCCCCGGAUACCAGCUGAUGCAACUUUGAUAUUUGAAGUGGAGCUACUUGACAUCAAGCGAAAGGACGAGCUCUAGAACCAUCUUGUGAGACUAUAUACAUGUCAUGCAAUCAUUUAGUAAUAGAAAUGUUUACUGGCAAAUUUACCAUUUAUAUUUUAAAUUUCAAUAAUGGUUUACUAGUAAAUGCAUGUAAAAUUCAGUUGUUUUAUUUUUUGUCCAUCUACUGAAGUUAAAUAUUAUUCCUUCUGUAGCAUUUUUUACACUCAACAAAACGCAAUACGUUAUCUUCUCUCCGACCAUACGGUUUCAAACUGCACGACUUAUUACCCAGUUUUCGAUUUGCAUACGAUUGUUAGAACCAUGUGUAUCCUGUUUUCUUAUCGUUCCAUUAGUCACUCCAACUGAAAUACCCCAACUUUAAUAAGAAACUAGUUUGAUCGGCCAA